AUGGCCUGUGUUGUUCAUACACAGUUCCUAAAGCUAUGUGUGUUGAAGAGUGGUUGUUUUGGCUUGGGGCGGUGGGAAGCUGAGAUCAGCAGUUUUUCUUGGGGCUGCACAUCCUACGUGCUUCAGGACUCUGGUUUCAUACUGGAAGAUGAACAGACAGAAAUUAUCCGGAAACGUCUCCAUAAGGAUAUCCCUCAUCACCCGGUCAUCAUGUUGAAUUUUUGUCCUUGCUUGAGGACUGGCCAGCCCAACCUCCGGAAAACCCAAGGAGAAUUCAUCUUCCUUGUUGACCGCAGUGGAAGCAUGAGUGGGGUGAACAUCAACCGUGUCAAGGAUGCCCUGUUAGUCAUACUGAAGAGCCUCAUGCCGACCUGCUUGUUCAACAUCAUUGGAUUCGGGUCUACUUUUAAGGCAUUGUUUCCUUCCAGCCAGGCCUACUGUGAGGAGAACUUGGUUGUUGCUUGUGAGAGCAUCAAGAAGAUCCGGGCUGACAUGGGCGGAACCAACAUUUUGUCCCCCUUGAAAUGGAUCAUCCGGCAACCCAUCCACCGGGGUCACCCACGACUGCUUUUCUUGCUGACUGACGGGGCCGUGAGCAACACUGGGAAAGUCAUAGAGCUUGUUCGGAAUAACUCUUUUUCUACCAGAUGCUACACUUUUGGAAUUGGGCAGAAUGCUUGCAGGAGGCUGGUGAACGGGUUGGCUGCUGUGUCCAAAGGAAGUGCAGAAUUCCUGGUGGAGGGAGAGAGGUUGCAGCCAAAGAUGAUAAAGUCUUUAAAAAAGGCUAUGGCUCCAAUUGUCAGUGACGUCUCAGUGGAAUGGGUCUUCCCAGAAACAACGGAAGUCUUAAUCUCACCGCUCAGCGCUAGUUGCCUUUUCCCAGGAGACCGGUUGGUUGGCUACAGCACAGUCUGUGAUACUUCCCUAUAUGUAUCUAACCUCAGGCUGGACAAGAGGCGAAAGUACAGUAUGCUGUAUUCCCAAGAAUCAGGCAGCUCCGUUUUUUUCCACUCGCAAGAGGAAGGGAGCACCGCCGAACACUGGGCCUCUCCCAAGGAUUCGGAAAGCGGGCUCCCUUCAGACAGGGCCCCUGAACUUCUAGGGAUUGGUGGAGACCUUGGGAGUGAGUCUGACCUUGAUUCUGGGACAGAACUGAAAACCUCAUCUCGGCGAAGGGCAUACAGCACCAACCAAAUUGCUGACCGUGAGCCGAUCCGGAAGAUUCCCACAGCCAGUGAUCCCAGUUCUGCCCUGAUCAAGAAUCCUCUCCGGAAAGCCCAGCUACAGGAUCUCAGCCAGUUCAGCCCGGAACUGCAACCCUGGCAGAAGGACUUUCAGUCUUUCACAGCUAGCCCCCAUGUCUCCACGCCAAGAAUACGGGGAGUCGGCGCCCGGCGUCCAUCGCUUCUGCAGCAGAGUUGUCUCUCACUUUGCCAUGACUUGGAUUCGCCGCACCUGCGCGUUGGGGCCUCGCAGACAGCAACAGAGAAGAGCUCUGACCAGCUUGAAGUCAGCUCCAUCCCGGGAUCCUUUUCAGACAGCUGUAACCCUGGGGAUCUAGAUUCCGUUCAGCAUCCUUCCUUUACCUUUGAAACGGAGACUUCUUCGGCCUGGGAAACCCAUGACCCAGACGUCAGUUCAGCCAGAAGUAGUUUGCAGCGCUCUCCAAAAUCCCUUUGCAAGGCAGUGGUGAAAGGGUUACGGAGCAACGAGCCGGUCCAGUGGGAGGUGACUUUUGACAUUGGACCACUUUUCCAAGACAGAGGAAGAGAGGAAGAAGAGGAUCUGUGGAACGAGACCUUCCAUCAUUUGGCUGCGAGGUCCAUCAUCCGGGACUUUGAACAGCUCGCCGAGAGAGAAUGUGAAAUCGAGCAUGGGUCUGGCCGACGGUACCAGGUGAACGCUAUGCACACCAGCAAAGCUUGCAAUAUUAUCAGCAAGUACACGGCUUUCCUCCCUGUCGACCUGAGCACUAACAGCUACUUGGCCACUAUGGUUGAAUACCCCAAUGCAGGUCCUUCACUGAAACCAGGCAGCCAGCGGAGCCUGGGUUCUGAGAGCCGGAGACAUCGGGGGUUCUCUCCGGGCCUGGGACGCACCCAGUCGAUCUAUGGGCAAGAUGGAGCCGAUGACGGAUUCGGUAGUAUGAACACAGAAGAGAACAGCUUGUCUCCAUGCAGCACACCUUCCUCCUCAGGCUGGGAACGCUACACUUUCCCAGAUGUUCCACUCCGCAGUCCAUCGGUUUCCUCCCAAAAAUCCUUCGAGAGCCUCUUUACUGCCAGGUUGACCUUUAAUAAAACAAGACUGCUGACUCGAGCAGCUAAGGGCUUCAUGGGCAAAUCCUCUGCCAGGACCAGCGAGUCAAGUUUAGAGAGUGACAAUGAAAACAUUGACUACCUUCCUCUUGUGUCUCUGCAACUGGCCUGUGGCGCCUUCCUGUUGACCAAAGCAUUCUGUGAGGCCAUCAGCAUCCCCAUGGAGAAGCUAAAAUGGACUUCCCCUUUCACCUGCCAUCGGAUGGCGCGCAGCCCUUCAGCUAGCUCUUAUGAUUCCCGGAAGUCAGGUGCACUGGGGGAAGCCAAGAGGCCCGGAUAUGGCAGCGUUCCAGGAGAAAAUGAAAACCCCUUGGCUGACAAACAAGGGGAGGGUGAGGAGGGCCGAGCCCAUCAUUUCUCUGGCAGCGCAGUUGAGAGUUUCUCCAAAGCCCUGAAGGCUGAGAACAAACUCUCCCCUCCCGCUAUCACCAUCCGGCGCUUCUCUUCCCCAGAGAGUGGUCUGUCACCUGAGGGGUCUCAGGCCGACAGCGGCAGGGGGUCUGAGACAGACAGUUCCGAACUGCAGGCGUGGCUCUUCGACAUCGAAUUCCAGCAGCAGACGGAGCCGGAGGGAAUGCUGUGGGCCACAGCCGUGGCCUUGGCGUGGCUCGAGCACAGCUCUGCCUCCUACUUCAUUGAGUGGGAACUGGUGGCAGCCAAGGCCGACUCGUGGCUGAGCGAACAAGAGUUCCCAGAAGGGCGAAGCCUCCUCACGGUGAAAGCGGCGGCACAACAGCUCUUUGUUCUGCUCAGGCACUGGGACGAAAACCUGGAGUUUAAUUUGCUUUGUUACAACCCAAAGAACUUUUAGGAGAGCGGAAGGGGAAUCUAGGAAGUGUGAAAGGAAGAGAUGGGAAGGUCAGGCGCAGUGACAACAUCCUAGGCCUUAACAGAAUACACUCAUAACCUGCUAAAUGCUGCCAGAAACUUUCUCUCCAGUUGGGCCAACAAUGCUGCUUUCAGAGGUCUCUUUUACCUCACGGCCUCUCUCACCCUGUUCCAGUAACAACCCCUCGUUUUGCUAUGGGGGGAGUUGCUGAGGUGUCAUUUAAAUACAGUGGUGAUAUUAUACAUCCCUUUCUACCGUGUUUCGAACGUGCAAAGUGGCUGUGUUGCGGUUAUUCCCAUCUGACGUUCUUUCCGUUGGCUUCAGUGUCUGCUAAGUACCAUCCAUGGAGCAUCCUCCAGAGCUUGGGUGUUAUUUAGACCCAUAGCAAACAUGAUACUGGAUGCCUUAGUCUUGAGUUAGACCAUUGGACCAUCUUGCUCAGACCUGCCCAUUUCAGCUGGCAUCUUAGAUAGGGAAAGGUCUUGCCCGACACCAGUUGACCCGAACAUGCCGGGGAUCAAACCUGAGACGUUCUGCAUGCAAAGCAUGUUCUCUGCCCCUGAGGCUUUUCCUGUAGGUAUAACAUCCCUGCUUGCGUGGGAGUGAGGUUCUCCGGUGCAUACAUAGUGGUUGAAAUCCCCCCCUGGCUAUAUAUUUCACAACCUCCAAGAAACUGUUGCCUCCAUAAUCACCAGCAUAAUGCAAAAACAACCACUCUUUGCGAACUUCGCACACAAAGUUCGGCAACCGUCGUAGGAAGGUCCAAUUUGGAUCCGCAGUUGGCUUGCUUGUAACUGAUGUCUGUUUGGCUUCCCAAACUGGCUGGACUUCUCCCCACAUCCCUUCUUUAGCAAACCCAGACAGUAAGAUCUUUUCAGAGGCAGCAUGAGAGUCUUUGUGGAAGGGAUGUGUUCAGGAUGGAUGGGCAUUCUCUAGGGCUUCUGGAUUCUGCAGGAUAGGAUCAGCACAGCAUGCACAAUUGCCUUAUGUGGUCUCUUGGCAAAAGGAAGAAUGCACACAGGCAUCUGCAGAGGACUGAGUGAAUUCUUUCUUUAUUGAGAGCCAGCAUGGUAUAGUGGUUAAGAGCAGGUGGAUUCUAAUCUGGAGAACAGGGUUUGAUUCC